AUGCUCAUCCAUCGCACAGACAAGACAGAUGGACUUCUGAUCAGUGCGGCAGAACAGCUUCUUCACCUCAUCGUGGACAGAGCAGAUGUUCUCCUGGAGCUUCUUGGAGGGCUCCACCAGCUUAACAGACAUCACAGGCCACAUCUUCAAGUCCAGCAUAGCAGUGAUCAGCAGGAGCAGGCUGGAGUCCAGUCUUCUUCAGUUGCUGCACUAAAGAUGCCAACAUGGUGUUUUUCUCCAGGACAGGCCUCGCUCAGUGAUCUCCUGCUGCAGCUUCUGCUGAAGCUCUUUGACUCCACUGACUGCAGUUCGCUGCUGGGAUCUGACCUGCUGCUCCACAUCAGAGCGUUUUUUCUGGAUGAGACGGAUAAGCUGAGUGAAAAUCUUCCCACUGUCCUCCACUGUUUUGUCAGCAGACUGAUCGAUGGCCUCCACCUCCUGCUGGAGCAGAUCCACAUCUUUCUAGCAGAAAUCACAGGCCACAUCUUCAAGUCCAGCAUAGCAGUGGUCAGCAGGAGCAGGCUGGAGUCCAGUCUUCUUCAGUUGCUCCACUAA